CUUUCUUUAUUUCAAAAACCCGGCGUAACAACCGGAUAUUCCAUGUGCUUUCUCUUCCUCACUUUGUGUGUGUAUAUAUAUAUAUAUGUUGGUCUUGUGGAGUUAAAACCUAAAAUGCUUCAAUAUUCAUUGCCACAACAUGUGGAACUGCUGCAUGAGAAACAACCAAGUAUCAGCACAAGAUGAGAAUGAAGAAGGGAAGAAGAAAGUUGAGGAGAUGAAGGUGUUUUCAUCGUUCAAGUUGGAACCGGCAAAGCGAAAGGAUUGCUUGAAGAAGAAGGUGAGAUUUGAAUUGCAAGAUAAUGAAGGAGGAAGUGAUGGUAAUUCCAGAAGUGGUCCUGUGAGGAUUAGGCUGGUGGUGACUAAGCAAGAAUUGAAGAGGAUGUUGAGAAAUAAGAAUGAGAAUGAUCUUCAGUACACUUCGUUGGAGCAUUUACUAAGCGAUAUGGUGUUGAGAGAAAAAAGGGUGUGUGAGAUCGGAAAAUAUGGUGGGAGCAUAAAUUCUUGGAGACCAGCUUUAGAAAGCAUUCCAGAGGAACGUUGAAUGAAGUAGUUAGAUAUGUUAUGACUUAUGAUCAUUCCCCUACAUUUGUAAAUAACGACAAUACUUUCCCUUUAUUUCAUGCAGGAGUUUGUAUUGGUACUUCAUAUGAAUUGCGUAGUUUCAUUUGACUAAUUAGAAAUGUCGAAUGAAGUUUGAGCAUGUGAUUUUCAGUAGGUAGGGUCGUAUAGAAUAUGGCUCUAUGUUGGCCGUGAAAGAACCAUUUCAUAUUUAGAUUAUGUAUUUUUAUGAUUGUGAUUAGUCUUUUAUUUUUUACGGAAUACUUGCAUGACAUCCAUUAAAAACAUGAUUAAUAAUGUUCUUGGCCAGUGAUGACAAAACAUGUUUUGACCCUCCAAGAAAGAAAGAGUU